UAAAGAUUCCGUGAACACACUUCCUCUUUAGACCGAAAACUGCUCACAUUCUUUUAACCAGCUAUUAAGAAGACGAUAAAAACACAACGCUGUACGACUAAACAAAAACCGAAGAGGACCAGCAGACUUACAAGAAUCUAGUAAGAUUAAGGGUAAGAUUAGCACAGUUGUUUACUAAAGUUAGAAGUCAAGAUGAAUUCAAAGUGAAUUUCAAAUUGAAGACCAGAGUAGGUGAAUGGAAAGUAUAGCUGGCUUAGAGAAUGUUUCUUUUGACCUUAAAUUCAUUUUAGUGAGUAACCCUGUAUACAUUAAUAUUACAAUAGUAAAAUAUUAAAAAAGCAAGAUAUAUCAGUCGAGUUUUAUUAUCAGUUAUAUCAAUUUGUAGCCUAAAAGGUUAUUAAUGCUUUCCAAAAACCGAGAACCAAGUAAUUAAAAAUUCAAGUUUGAACCUCCAAACUGUACUUUUAGAAGAGGAUGGAGAUACAAACCGUUAGUUGCUGACAUUGAAAGGUGUAGCCUAAUUACAAAGGUUACAGAGUGGCCUGUUAGGCUUUCCAGAUUCAAAUCUUUCUUGUUUCUGGCUGUGUAGAUUCAGGGAGAAGGGCUGUGCAUAGAGUAUCUAAAGGUAUAAUUGGGGUAAUAUGAUAUGCAACUGUGGCUUCAUUCACCAGCACACCUGGGCAAGGGAGGUGCUAGUUUAUUUUGAUCUCUAGGCAAGACCAGAUACUUAAUACCCGACGAAAAAAAAAAAAAAGCCACAAAAAUUGCAAACAUUGAUUUUUAAAACCAGAUUUGUAGAAAAAAAGCCCUCUGUGUAUUUCAUUGUCCCCCACCCCCUAUGUGUGUCUCUUUGUCUCUCUCAUGCCCUCUGUGUCUCCUUGUCCCCCUAGCCUUCUGUGUGUCUCUUUGUCCCCCAGCCCUUCUGUCUAUCUCCUUGUCCCCUUAGCCCCUGUGUGUCUCUUUGUUCUUUGUUCCCCAGCUCCUUUGUGUAUGCCCCCCCCCCCAGUCCCUCUGUGUAACUCUUUGCCUCCCCAGCUCCUCUGUGUGUCUUUUUCCCUCAAGUCCCUUUGUGUGUUCCUUGUAGCAUUGAUAUGCAACUAUUAACUUACAUUUAUUAGAUGACCGGAACCUAAAAUGUACAUUUUACUAUUUAAAAAAGAGCAGUUGUCAAAUUCUGGAUAUGCUAAGUAGAUCUAGCUACACAUUUUAAUAAUUCUUUAAAUGGAACCAUUCACAAUUUAUUUAUAUAUUUGGAUUGUCUUUCUACAUUACUUUACAUUAUACUGGGCCAACCAUGUUUCUCCCAACAGUCAAAUGUGACAUUAACAGGGCUAUUCACUAUAGUGAAAAUUGUUAGAAAUGUAAAGCCAUUUUUGAAUUUCAGGUCAGAAUAGACAAACUGUCUUUUCAGUUUAAAAUGUUACUUUAAAUUCACUCUUUAAAUAACCCUGUAAGAGAUGUGAGUAACAAUCAAUUUCUGUGCAUGUUAUAGAUUAAGCCACACAGCUAGUGAUGAACCAUUAAAGGCAUCUAGACCACAGCAGUUUAAUAGUUUCACUUGGCUAUGUGAUGUUUGACGUCCAUGAAGAUGUCGAAUGUCAUUAAAUGAAGCUAAUAAGGAAGUAUUGGAUUCAAUGUUCCUCUAUGAGGACAAUUUGUUUGGAUGCUCACUAUGCACGUACAUCUCAUCCACAAAGCUCCUCUGUGAGGAACAUUGGAUUGGAUGAUGAUUGUGGAAGUGACGAAGGAUUUCAGGUCAAAAAGCAUGUUCCUAAUGCUAUAGUGGUUCUAGAUAUACAUGUUUAUACUAUUAUUAUUUUAUGAAUAUUCUGUUAUCAUAUGUGAAACUACAUUUAAGGUACUUCCCUGCUAUGCUUAUGCUACAUUAUGCUACUGCUAUUUAUAUAGAAUUUAGUCAAUUCUCAAUUGUUUGUUGUAGAUUCAGAGAGAAUGUGUGUGUAAAAGAACUGUGGCUUGUUUUUGAUGUUUUUUAUACCGCUUACUUGUAAAGUAAAUAUAAAAUCACACAUUUUAGUUUACGUUCUUAGUUGUUUUUUAUACCCCAGCUUUGCAGUGCUGGAUGCUAUUGAGACUGGUGAUCAUGAUUAUGAUGGGAAUAAAAAAAACGGAAUCUUUCUAAAAGAAAGCAAUGCAAAAAUCAUACAUUCUUAUGGUCUUGUAUCUGAUGGAGGUGGCAAUGGAUGAACAAUUGCAGGAUAAAUUUUUAAGACUACACAAUCUCUAUCUUUCUUCAGCUCAGUCUACCUGUCCAUCUUACAAACACCACAGCUCUAAUAUCUUCUCUCUCAAAAAUCAUAAAUUCUGAAUAUUCUCUUUUCAGGACUCAUUUGUACACUCUCUUCUCAUUCCUUUCUUACUAACAAACAGACGCUUGCUCUUGGUAUGCAGCCUGGAACAGAGAAAAUAAGGGGAAUUGUGGGCACACCACAAAAAAUUAUGUUCGGUUCGGCACUUCCGAAAUUCGAGACUUUGGCAAUUGGGGACUUCAGUAAUUCGGCACUUCUGCACUUCGGUUCGGUACUUCCGAAAAUCGGGACUUCGGCACUUCGGGAGUUCGACAAUUCGGGACUUCGAUAAUUCCCUAACCCUAACCCUAACCCCUACCCCUACCCCUAACCUAUUGUUAGGGUUAGGGCUAGGGGGAGGGUUAGGGGUAGGGUUAGGGGGAAAUUCGGCACUUCGAUUUGGUUUGGCACUUGUGAAAUUCGGCACUUUGGCAAUUCCACAAUUCGGCACUUCCGUAAUUGAACCUCCAAAGCACUGUCCGAAUUGCUGAAAUUAAUCCGAAUUUACAUACGGAAUGAAACGAAUUGCAUAUGUCUAAUAAUAAACAAUCCACCUUUAUAUGAAACCCCAAAAUAACAUAACAAUUAUACGAAAAACAUAGUCCUGGUUACGGCAGGGCUACAACCUAAUUCCUAUAAUAAAAUAACCAGCACUGGAAAUACAACAUUUCUAAUCAACCCACUAACUAUGUAUUACACACCACAGAAGAUAUCCCAUAAACACCAGGGUAAGUAUAAUGAUACUCAGCCACCACUGGAUGCUAGUACCACUCUGUCACUGAAGGAACAAGGGAACAAGACCGAUAGAAUUGCUAACUACCCAACACCUAUGUCAAUAUCAUUGGCUGGGUGUGUGGCCUAUUCUGCAGCAAUCAGUGUUAGGUGGAAGUGGUUUAUUGGUACAAAGAACAAGCCCAAAACCUUGCUAAACUAAGGCCACAUGUUUGUUCAUACUCCCCCAGACAUCCACAAGGUUCCUCUGAUUACAGCCAUGACUACAUCGCUGUCCUAAGUAAAACCAUGCCCUGCAGUACCAGCUCAUUGACUGAAAGCAUCAGCUGAUAUCUCUCAGCCAACGUGCUAAGCCCUGCACCACCCAGAAAAAGAGUAAGAUCCCACAGGACUCUGGGGAAGUUAACAGUUUGGGGGUCCAUCUUCACUCUUCAUAUAGGGCCAGGUACAUAUAUGGUUCCAGGGCCACUGUCUAAGUUCUGUACCCUAUGCAACUGCCUGAGGUCAUCCCUAUGGUUAAUUUUGCUCUAACACUACCAUGCUCAUCUCAAAGCAGUGAGCUUCUGGCUCUCAUGGAGGUGACCAGGUAAGGUGUCAAAACAUUAGCAGGGUACUCCUGGGACCACUUUCACUGCAGUGUAGUGUAAUUGUUUUGGUGCUUGGAAUAUUCCUUUAAAAAGACCUUUCCAAAUGAGGAACUCAGUAUAUCUGCUGUCUUAUAUGAAUUGAUGUGUGCUCAUUUCAUUAACCUGUAUAUCAUAUGAUUAGAUGCUGUGUACAUUCCUUAACUGUGAGGUUAUCACAUUAGGAUGAUAUUAUUACAAUGUAAGAAGAUCAUAAAGUACAUUUAAAAAGACAUAAAAGUAUAAAAAUACUUAUACAUUUUAAUUGGUAGAACUGGUAGAUUAUGCACUGUGAAAAGACAGUCAUUUUGUCUAGUUUCCUUUUGACCAAGUAGCACAAGUUCUUCUUUAUUUUCGGGUGUGUUUCAUUUUUAGAAUGUAACAGGAAGUUUGGUUUUGCAAAGGUUUUUUUUUUUUCUCUCAAACUAUUGAGGUCAUUGAAAAACGUCUACUAGUUUGAGGGUGCACACAAGUAAAGAUGCAGACUAAUUUAUAGAAAUAUUUGGUGAAAGUCAGCAGACCACCAUUCCCUGUAGUUGUCCGCAAAUAUAUAUAAUCACAGCAGCAUACACAGAAAUAUUUUAAAUAUACAUAACAAUCUUUACGCAUAGUAAAGUUUCCUAACAAACUCUGAUAAAAUAGCUUACUGCUGGUCAGUGAGAAUGGGUUACUGACAGUCACUAAUCAUAGCACAAUUUAUACCACAGUUUAUCUGCAUUUAACAUUUACUUUCUCUUACUUUCCAAAGAGGAGGAUUUUAGAAGCCUCCGUGGGAAUACCGAUUCCAAGUAGACUUCAUUUAAAUAGUCAAAGUUACAGCAUCGUUCCUCAUCUUAAAUUCCAACAGACUUUGCAGAACAGGGUCUGAGUUUGUUUUACUUUUUUGAGCACAGCUCCAAAACACAAAAGCCAUAUAAAGAUGGUUGAAGGCCCACCUUGAUGUGGUACAAAAAGAAAAAAGAAAAAAAAAAGAUGCGCUGUGUCUUUAAAUGUAGACUCAAAUAUUUAAGUGCCAAUGAAUUAUUGCAUAAAUGUGGAAUAUAAUCCCAACUAAAUUAGUUGGGAUUAUAUUCCACAUUUAUGCAAUAAUUGCCAAUGAAUUAUUGCAUAAAUGUGGAAUAUAAUCCCAACUAAAUUAGUUGGGAUUAUAUUCCACAUUUAUGCAAUAAUUAAUUGGCACGUAAAUAGUUGAGUCUACAUUUAAAGAUACAGCGCACCUUUUUUUCUUUUUUUUUUGUACUGUAUUUUAGUGUGGUUUGAGCUAUUGCACUUUAAAAGGAGCUGCUUUUUCAAUAAGACUUUUUUAAUAAGAUCUUUUUCUUUUCACUAUAAUUUUUAGAUUUUGAUCUAGCGCCUUUUGUACUUGUUGUUCCACCUUGAUGUGGGCUUGACCUCUCCAGUGCUACAGCGGACAGAGGCAAAGCUCUUCUUUUACCUACAGCACUGAAAACAAAUACUGACAUAAGCUGAAUGCAUUGUUACACUGUAAGUAACAGAGAAGGAUCAAAAAUUGGUCCACAUGUGUACAAAAAGCAGGGGAUAUUUAGACAAAAUGGCUACCCACCUUAAACCAGGCAAUUGGUGGACCCCAAAUCACUUGUUAAAGCGCCACUUUGCAUAAUUUGCACAACACCGAAUGGUGACAUUGCCACUGGGAGUCUGGUGGCCGGGGUGGGGCAGGCAAAACUGAGCUUAACUUACCCGAACCUGUCCCUUGUGGGCACCUACAUCUUCCAGACACAUACAGAAAUACAGCAUUGAAUUCUAAAGAGGAUCCCGUGAUUGUAUCAAUUGCUGUAUCAGAAAAUACAUCUGAGGCAUGUAUUGAGUUUGAACAAGUACUGAUAAACAAGUAUUAGCUUGUGGAUAAUAAUCACAAUCAAUUUCCAACAAACAAAAGCAAAAUGUAUUCAUAUCAAGUUAAUACUAUAUAUAUAUAUAUAUAAAGUCAGUAAAAACUUAAAACCAUAAAUUAAAGACACAAAUUGUCAACUUUAGGAAAUUAAUUCACAAUUUUCAGAACUAAAUCUAUUGCACUAUCUAGAUAGUAAAAAAUUAUGCCGAUAAGUAUAAGCAAGUAAAGAAACAAAUUGCUAAUGAUUAGUUAUGGGUUACGCACGUUCUGCUACAAAAUAAUAAUAACAAUAAUAUAAUUACCUAAACAAUGCACAUCAGGUAACUAAAAACUAUAGAAAUUUUAAAAUAUUCUCAAAACACGACAAUAAAGGUAUGUGGGUGAAAGGCAACAUUUGGACACAAUGUAUAGUGUCUUUCUCUAGCCCUAAAUUCAAGUGUACAACUCGGCAAUAUAUAGGUGAAUAUAACAAGUGUGUAAUUAAAAACAAUUAAAAACAACCAAUCAAGUUUAACAUUGAUAUGCUUCCAUUAACAUUUAAAGUGUGUUGAAAUUAAAGUUUCAAAGUAAUUAACCCUUAAAAAUGACAGUUACCAAGACUUAAUGGCACAAUGUCUCAUAUAAAGUAUUAACCAUAAAAGUACAUCCAUAAUAUAUCACAUCAUAUGUGACAAUAUAUCUAAAAGUGCAAGUUUAUAAUAGCAAAGUAACAAAUGUUUUUUUUUUACCCAAUGUCGUUUAUUGUGUAUUUUAUAUUACUGUAAGAACCAUCAACAAUAAUAAUAAUAUGCACUAAUAAUAUGCAUUAUAUAUAGCAAUGUAUCUAAGGUAAAAAUUUGCGAGGAAAAAUAUGCUAAUCCAAGAGUCCCAGGGUUAUGGGGGUCUAGUGGAUCAGUACUAAAGGAUGCCCUAUGUUACUCUCCCCUGAAAUUAGGGAAUAACCCACGAUAAGCUGUGUAUACGAGAGUGGACUGAGAGGUCCUAAAUUGGAGAGUUAACAUUGAAAGUGGGGGAGGGGAGUCCUACCAUUAAUAAUCCUAAGGGGAAACAGGAAUAUAAAACAGGACUGAGAGAGGGAGACAGAAAAAUUUAUAUAUAUAUAUAUAUAUAAUGUAUAUGUAUAUCCACAUACACAAAUACCUAUAAAUAUCCAGCUAGGUAAUACAACAUCAGCUUAUCCACUAGUCAGGUCUAAGCCUAAACUGUUCUAAAUUGUCCCAGCUAUCGGACAGAAAAAUCAGGUAUAACUAGAGGUUAAAUAUGGGAUCUUGGACUAAAGAGGAAGGAGUUAAUUACCCCAAAAGAAAAGAUUCCAUUGCAGCCCCAAAACCUAAGACUUCUUAGAGUAGGUCUGUCCUAACUACCUCGGCACUGUGGAUUGACCUCAGAUGCCUACCUGAAUCUCUCUCCCUUCCUGAACUGUAAAUAAAAUUAAAUAAACCUUCACUAAUUCAGUGCAUAAGUGCUACCAAGUAGUAGCUGCUUGCAAAAAUGUGUUUGAUAAUGUAAGAUAAACAUGAAUUACCAUAAUAGAGGUGCCCCCAGUCUACUGUAACUAGUGAAUGUACAGGCUGAGUGCAAGGUGGGUUAUGUGGCUCGGAUACAAGCUACAUGAAAUAAUGUAAAAUAAACAUGCUGAGCUACGUACAGGUUAAUGUUAAGCUUAAGUUUCACUGUGGUCUGGAGUCCUCUUGAGUGGUAAGCCGUCCAAUAAACUUCAGUCUUGUUUAGGUGACCUGGUAGGGCUAGUAUCAUUGCAUGGUCUUCUUGCAACGUGAUCAGGAGGCCGCUGGAAAAGUCUCUUUCAUCCAAUGCCCUCUUUAUGGAAACGGUUGGUGCCCGUCAGGGGCCCUCAGCGGUCUGCCGCUGUGCAGAUGCUAGUGAGGGUGUCCCUCCAGCCCCAGGCUGGUGUGCAGGCCUGCAUCUCUUGGCCACAAACUCGGCUACCUCUGGAGCCCGAGUUUUCUCCAUGUGCGGGAGUAACAGAGGGGCAGGUGGUCUUCUGUCGCUUGCGACACUUGUGCCUCUGUAGCAGUGGGUGAUGCUUCCGGGCUUUCUGCCCUGUGGCUCACAGCCCGGGUGGGCCAGGUAGGAUGUGGGUGAGUGGAUGUGAUAGCGUUGGGCCCAAGGGUUUUUGCCUCACUCCCUGCUGCCUCCGGUUCCGCUCACCUGCCGUUUGUGGUUCAGGCAUCUCGGUUCGGCUGCUCGCUGCCGUUCCAGGAGUUUGUCCCAGAAGAGGUUAAAAAUCGCCUCUAGACUCUGCAAGGGGCCAUACUGUUGCUUUUGCGUUGGCUGCAUGCUCUUCAUGUGCACUGUGCUGUAAGUCGCCAUCUUAUGUGCGCCAUGUGGGGGGCUACACAACUGUGUUUCAGGUUCAGGCUUGUAGUACUGUCUCGGCUGGUUGCUCCUGGUGUCCAGUGAGGACCGGGAAAACCCCGCCGGUCCAAUGGGGGGGGGGAAGGAGGCGAGUGCACCGAGGAGGCAGUGGUAGGCCUCAUAUGCAUCUUGUGGGUUCCCGGGAAGUGUGUGUCUUGAUUUUAGUAUCAACUGAUGACCCUGGGUUUCACCGACCCGUCUCCUUCGGCAGGUGAACGCGCCAAUUUUUGGGGUAUUCUCCCCUAAAUAUGUUGCGUUUUGUCAGGAGCUGAUUCUCAGCACGUCCUUCCAGCCCGGUGGUUAGGCUCCUCCCCCUAUUUUAUAUUUUUUAUUAUUUUUAAUUAGACUUAUAAUUAAUUUUAAUUAUUCUAUCAACUCUUUUUAUUAUCUUUAAUCAUUAAUCUUAUUACGUGUUUUGUAUAUUAGUUUUAUUUGUAUAUAUCUAUACACGAAUAUAUACAGUAAUUACAGUAAUUAUAUAUUACAAUGGUAAUUAUAAUAUUAAUUAUAUAAAAAUUGUGCACCAUCUAUUUAACCACUUAAUAACCUAAGGAAACACAAUCAAACAAUAAUUUUUUUUAAUGAUAUGUGAACUAAAAAUCUAUGAAUCCACCCUAAGCACUUUGCUUAAAGGGACACUGUAGGCAUCCAGACCACUUCAGCUCAUUGAAGUGGUCUGGGUGCACUGUCCCUUUUGCACUUAGAGCUGCAAUGUUAAACAUUACAAUUCCAGAGAACUGCAAUGUUUAAAUUGCAGCUCUAAGUCUGCCCACAGUGGCUGUUUACCUGCUUCAGCUCUUAAAUAAAAUAGAAAAAAUAAUUUAUUAAGUAUGUGGACAAAUAAAUAAUUUAUUAUUUUUAGAUGAUAAUGGAAGUUAUAUAUAUAAAUUUUGUUUAUAAAAUUAAAUUUGAUCUGUUUUACUGCAACCUUUGGACAAUCAGUUAGAAUCUCAUAAUCAACAGCAUAUUGCUGUAUCUGAUCUCCUGUGCUAACUUCUGGAGACCAAAUUAUGGGAGCAAUGACCUACAGGGCUAAUACCCUGUUUCAACUACAACCCUAGGCUGAUCAGCCUAGAUCACACUAACAUAACAUCAGGAAUAAUACAUGUAAAACUAUAAAGAUCCUUUGAGAAUAGGAGCUUACUCGGUCGUUGAGUUGCUGUUUUAGACAAUAUGGUGUCUCUAUUCCUUUGGAGGGAGUAUGACAAUUAUCAGUGCAUGUUAUUAGAUAUGAAAUCGUGUUGCAUGACACUAGCAGCAAGUAGUAGCAGAAAUGAAAAGGAAUUAAACAGGGAAAUGAGAAUAUAGAAACAUUGGUAAGUGUUAUUCAAUAGGUAAUGAAUGUAUCUAUUUUGGUGCUUUUGGCAAAAUGCCAAUGAAAAUAAUUUUAAAAAGUAUAUUUAGUUUUUCGUUCUUUCCAUUUUCUUAUAUGUUCAAUCUUUUAUAACAAGAAUGAUGUCCUUAUCUUCUAUGAGUUGAUUUGUGCGAGUACUAAUAACCACAUGCCCAAAUAAUGGACAUCAGGUAUAAUAUAAUGAUGUCACCUAUAAAAAAUAUGUAUUCCAAAUUACCAGCAAUGACCACUUCAAGGUGCUCUAAUACAAUAGCAUGAUUAAGAAUUCUGCUAAUUGCUUUAUUACAUUGUACGGGAAAGUCUGACGCAAUUGAUCCUUAGGAAUUAUCAAGCCUAGAUUAGAACAGAGGCAGAAUUCUGUUCUCUGCAAUAAGUGUGAAAUAAAACAACAAAAAAACAAAAAGUAUUAGAACAUACAUAAGAGCAUAGAACAUAAAACAAGGAAUUCGUAAAAUUGUCUUCCCGAAAGGAGAAUUGUCAUUUAUAAUAGGUUAUUAUAUGUAUAUUUAAAUACACUAUUACAGAGUUGGGUUUUUCUACUUAUAGGACCACUAUAGUGCCAGGAAAACAUACUCAUUUUCCUGGCACUAUAGUGCCCUGAGGGUGCCCCCACCCUCAGAGACCCCCUCUCACCGGGCUCUGGGUAGAGGAAAAGGGUUAAACUUACCUUUUUUCCAGAGCCGGGCGGGAGCUCUCCUCCUCCUCUCCGCCUCCGACCCUCCUCUUCGGCCGAAUGCGCACGCGUGGCAGGAGCUUUUACAAUGCUUUCCUAUGGACGCUUGCGUCUUCUCACUGUGAUUUUCACAGUGAGAAGCACGCAAGCGCCUCUAGCGGCUGACAAUGAGACAGCCACUAGACGAUUUGGAGGCUGGAUUAACCCUAACAUAAACAUAGCAGUUUCUCUGAAACUGCUAUGUUUAUUAAAAAAAAGGGUUAGUCCUAGAGGGACCUAGCACCCAGACCACUUCAUUAAGCUGAAGUGGUCUGGGUGCCUAGAGUGGUCCUUUAAAAUCAAAGAACAAGAGAACUCUGAGAACAGACAAAAGCUUAGGGAAACACAUUAGCAUGUCCGUAAAUCCCCGCUCAGGUCUCAACAUAUGUUUUGCUUACUUGUGCUAUUUCAGAGAGAACUUUUCUGAAGCAUAUAAGUUUGAUCCCUAUUAAGGGCAUUCCAAAACCAAAAUGCCAGCAUGUUCACUCUGCACAAGAGAUACAGCAGUCCGAGAUGAUCGUUUCGGCCAUUUUUAGGCCUCGUCAGUGAGGUGUAGCUGUUACCCCACUAGGCACAGUGAGCACGGGGUCCAUACCCUUUUAACUUAAAGAGAGCCAAGUUAAUGCAUUGCAAGAAAAACAAAGAAUAUGAGAACUCUGAGAACGAACAAAAGAUUAGAGAAACUCAGUAACUUGCCCUUCGGUAAAUCCCUACUCAGGUCUCAAAAUAGUUUUUGCUCACUUGUGAGAAUGGUAAGCAUACACAAUCUGUGCACCAAUGCUAUAUUUCCAGCUCUCCUUCUUUAGGGGAAUUGCUAUACAAAAAUACCUGGGGACUAUCCUUACCCCAUGAUGAGAAUGGAUUUGACUUUCCUUUAUUGUGACCCACAGGGGUGUUUAAAUGCCAGGGUUCUGUCCUACAGUAUUCAGCUAAAUUUCCUAUCUACUUUUAAAGUGCUAGCACUCCCCAUGUCUAGAAUUACUCACCUAAAUGUGUCUUAGCUUCAAUUGACAAGUAGUCUUCUUAGCCUAGCUUGCUGACUCGCCUUCCAAUUACUGUUUUGAUGCUUUGACACCAUAGUUCAGUUGUAUAAUACUCAACCAUACACUAGACAUAGCAGUCUAACUAGAACUAACUAUUAUAUCAUAAUAAAAUGUGCAUGUUUUCUCGAAUUGUCCCAAAUGUUUUGUCUUACGUUAUGCUUGUGGUCCGCCGUUGGGGCACCCCAAGCCUGUUUGUCUAUUUUUGCACUCACAAAUAAAUAAUGUAAAAAAAAAAAUACUUGGUGAUUGAGCCCACAACAGUUUUUGGUCCCUCCCAAACUCCACCUGUGGCGGACUGCCAGUAUAUCGUCGCCACGGACUCCCUUUCCCAAAAUAACAUAGCUCUAGCACUCAUGAAAGUAUAUAUCACUGGUAUCGCCUUUCCCCCACACAUUAGUCGAGACUGAAUGCUGGGAGUAGAUCUGUUUAAAGCAGACAAGCACUCUCAAUUUAUACAUACAGUAAACUCCUCCCUGUGCCUGAAAGAUAAUUGAGUCAGGAAACUUACAACUUAAUUAUCUCCCCCCAAAACAUAAAACAUUUUAACACCCCAAAGGUACCCCCAAAAUACAUGGAAACCCCUCACAUACCCGGAUAGCCCUGAUGUGAGUGCUUAACAUAUCCAAAAAGCACUCCGAUCGGUUUGGUGGUUUGGAAUUUCCAUCGAGGUACAGUUUUGACUGGCCAGCCACAAGGUAGAAGCCCAAAAUAGUUCCAGAGAAAUCGUGGCAACGAACGGUCUCAGUUCGAGGGGUUUUAUAGGAAAACCAUAUACAAUAUCUGAAUGCUUUUAAGUGUGGAAUGCUCCCCCCAUUCGGUAGUUUAUAUCUCUUGAACACCGUUCGUAUAGGUGAUCGGGAACUUGAACGGACAGCAGUUACGAAUUCACCAGUGUUCGCAGGAGUGGCUAGCCGAAAUAAGUUCCAGACACUCAUCGGCCAGGUACUGCUGCCUGCGUUCGGGAGACAAGAUGGUCGCCAUCCAUUCUGUCGACCACGUGUGUUCGGUUACAUGAAAUGGUGGCCACCCAGGGGAGCCUUUUAGUAAACAGCUUCCGUUGUGGUUUCAUACUGGAUACUUAGUGUUUCAUGUUCUAAUGAGGUACAGGGGUGGUCCUCGUUGGGGAACCGAACUACGUGGGUUCGAACCAGCAAAUGAACAGAAAAGAAACUAAAGUUACCGAACCAAGUGAUGGGGUAUUCCUUUACACCACCUUUCAUAAUCACUAAAGAUCCAACAUUCUGCAGUUUUCUGCAUAGAUGUUUGGAUGUUGCUUAUUCGUUCCAGACAAUUAUUUAUAACAUUUUAAAACUGGUUUAACAGAUACUCCAUCUGGCAAUGUCACCAUGACUGAAGAACUUCAUAUUGGCUUGUGAAAACAUACAAAUGCCUGUAUGUUUAACCUACUGAAUUUGCAUAUUAUGGCCAUUAUAUGCAAGUUUCUCGUGGACAUUUUAAAUUCAGAGUCUGCAUUUUCCUGCCUUUUACCCUUCCCAGAGAGUAGUGCAGUGUCUGAUAGUCAGUAGUGUUUCAGAGAAAUCUCUGAACCUACUUGUAGAGAACUUAAUCAAUUGGGCCUAUGUCUUCAUGCAUUUACGCAGUGAAUUAUCUUUUAGAUGAUACGCUGAGUAGAUAUUUGCUUUGAUGAGCAGGUGUGCAGGUGUACCUAGCAGAGUUACUACUUAGAGUAUGUCUCCGGCCUGACUUUAAGCAAGCAAUAUACAUGAGUGCACUAAAUGAAAAAUAGCAAACUUAUGGAUGCAAAGUCUAAUAGCUCAAAAUAUACACUCAUUGUCUAUUGUGGAAGCACAACACCCAGAUAAAAAGAGAAGUGCUCUGUGACUUUGAAAGAAAACAGAUUCUAGCCCAGGCAGAGAAUGUGACUGGCCAGUAGCAGUAGCUGUAACACAGGAAGUGGUGAAACCGCUACUUUCUAAAAUAAAAGUUAUGUGUAUGACGUACAUGAGAAAAUGAACUUAACUCCUUUGCAAUUAAUGAUCUACCAAGGAAGUUAAUAGAGAAGUCCUUUAGUUUAAGACUUACAAACUGUUUUGUACAUGUCCCAUAAAAAAAGAAAACUCUUUAUUUGUGUGGAGUUAAUAUACACAGGACAUAUAGUGACCUGGAAUUGGUCCAUGUACACCCUACUCAAAAUACACAGCCACAAUGUAAUGUAUGUGCAAAUACAUUCACCACAAACCGUAGAAAGAAUUUGUGGAAAACAGCAGCUUGAAAAUGUUGAAAUGCCCCCUGUGAAAUAAAUCCUUGUGAGUUGCCGAUUUAAAAAAAAAGAGAGAGAGCGAGAUCUGUACAUUUGCAAUUAAGCCACACAUGACAUGCCACUUAUGCCCACCAACCCAGCCACAUACUCUGAAAUGAAACAAAUCCUCCUACUCUUAGAACAUGGCUAGCCUCAUCACCCAUCCAGUCAGAUAAAACAAACAACUUAUAAAGGACUAGGGUUAAAACUGGGCAUGAGAGAGGCAAAUCCAGAUCUGAAUGUAAAAUAACUCACAGAUACGAGAAUGUCCUUUUAAUACAAGUAAUUUAUGGUAGAAUAUAUAUUAAUCAUUAUUUGUGUUACCUUACAGGAGAAAAAUCACCAUGUCUCAGGAAUGCAUCCGAGUGCUGAAGUAUAUGAUGUUUGUUUUUAAUUUAAUAUUUUGGGUAAGUUAGCUUAAAAACAUAUAUAAUUCAGUUUGCUAUUGCAUUUUGAUCCAAUCAAGAACCAAUAUAGAUACAUAUAUAGAUAGAAAGUAAUAUAUAUAUAUAUAUAUAUAUAUAUAUAUUAUAUUAGCAAAAAUGUAAACAAUGUCUUUUUUUCUAAAUGUUUUCCCAUUUGUAACAUUUUAUGCACACAUAAUGUUAUGUUGGGCAUACAUAGGAUAUUAAAUGAAAGCCAUUUCAAGAAUGAUAUAAUAUAUAUAUAUAUGUAUAUUAACCCUUUAAGGAUUUCUCUUCAGUUGCCCCCAUAUAUAUAUAUAUAUAUAUAUAUAUAUGGGGGCAACUGAAGAGAAAUCCUUAAAUGGGUUAAUAUAGUGUAAGGAAUACAAAUCUAUAUUCCUUACACUAUAGUUUCCUCUGCACCCCCUACAUGUACCCUCCAGCAUUGAAAGGGAUAAAAAAAACUCUUUCUGUACUCACCCAAUUGGGGAUUCAACUAAUGCUGGAUGUCCCCAUGCAGAACGUGAGGACAUCUAGCAUCUGUUAGGCAAGCAAAAAUCCCCUGGCAAACAUGAAGUGCCUCUAGUGGCUGUCUGAUUGAAGUCACUAGAGGCAGACUUAGUCCCGCAAUGUAAUUAUUGCAGUUUCUCAAACAUUCCAAUGACACACAUUGCAGGACUAAGUGGGACUGGGACACUGCACCUAGACCAUUUCAAUGAGCUGCAGUGGUCUGGCUGCCUUUAAAUUGCAAUGGAACAAGCCUAUAGCUCAAAUGAAGGAUUUAUUUAAGUUCAUAAUGUGGACAAUUGCUUAUGUCCUUAAGGAGUUAAUCUAUUGUACAAAUGACUAUCAACAAAUCAUAAAUUCAACUAAUAAUUCCCCAAAUCCCCCUGAAGCACACCUUUAGUACAAAUUGUUCAUCUUAGCCAUGUGACAUUUUUUUUAUGUCUAAUUAAUAAAUGCUUCACGGCUCUGCAUAGACAUCUGUAAGAAGUUUCUACAUGUCUGAGAUGUAUACUAUAUAAGUCUGACAGGUCUGUGUGGAAAAUGUCCAAAAGUACUUGUGGUUGUAGAUAUUUACCCCAACUGUAACAGAAUGUUUAAACACAAUGUGUUCUUAUUUUUUAGGUAGCUGGAUGUUCUAUCAUCGCUAUGGGCAUCUACUAUUUGGUAAAUGAUAUAUAUGGAACCCUAGUUCCAGAAACAUCCUCGUUAACUGUCGGCAAUAUAUUGAUUGUAACUGGAUGCAUCAUUAUGGUUUUUGGAUUCAUCGGCUGCAUGGGUGCAAUUAAAGAGAACAAAUGCCUGCUUCUUACAGUAAGUAUUUUAAUAUUAUUUUAUACAGGAAUAUGGCCAUUUUAAUGCACUGACUUUAAAAAUAACUUGUUUAAAAAAAAAUAGUACAUAUAGGCCUAUAGGAAACAUUUACAAAAAUACUGAAUUUUUUUUUUUUUACUGUAUUUUGUGUUUUUUUAUUAUGUAGCAGCCACACCAAGGGUUAAAUCCUGCAUUUUCAUGAACAUUUCCCUAAUACCCUGUGCAACAGCAGAAGCAACUAUCUCGGCUCAUUAAAUUUGUAAUAGUUUACAAAUUGAGCUUAUGCAAUUCUUUAAGUUCAUUUAACUUGUGCUUGAUAAUAAGCCACCUCUGUAUCAGACCCACUUAGACAGUGUCAGUUUUGUAGCCAAUAAACAAAGUGAGAUAUACCUUUAAACCACAGAAACAGACAUGUCCAGCGUUCCCCAAUUAAUGUUGCAAAAUAAAUAAAUUAAUCCAUUGGUGCGGUAAGAAUAAAUCUAACUCAAAAUAACCAAUAUGGGAAAACUGAGAUUUUUUUAGGGGAAAUAAAGGACUUGCCCCCUAGUACAUCAUGAUUUUGUUACACCUCUGCUAACAGGAAACAUGCAUGGUGUCCAUUAGUUUUAAUAUUCAUUAUUGUCCUUCAUGUUUAAAUAUGAGAAAGAGAUGAUUGUGAUCUUUUCUUUUUAAGGAGAAGCAACAUUUUUCUGGAAAUUCCAUCAUUAAAUAAUACAAAUAAUACUUCUUUCACGUGAUGCACAGUUUUUUUUAGAUUUCUAGUAGUAAAUAUUUAGCAAUCACAUAUUAAACAUAAUUUAAUAUGAAUAAAAUAUAAAAUAUAAAAAAAAAAUGGGAGAAAAUAAGAUUUUAAUGAUUUUUUUUAGUUCUGCAUGACAUUUUAACUGUGAAUGUCAUAAUACUGUUUGCUUUUACUGCAAUAAAAUACACAUAUUUGUAUUCAGCGAUGUCUCAUGUGUAAAACAGUAGCCCCUAUGUACAGGUUUUAUGGAGUUUUGGGAAGUUACAGGGUCAAAUAUAGCAUGUACCAUUUUUCAGUUUUUUCACAUUGAAAUUCGCCAGAUUGGUUACAUUGCCUUUGAGACCGUAUUGUAACCCAGGAAUGAGAAUUACCCCUAUGAUGGCAUACCAUUUGCAAUAGUAGACUACCCAAGGUAUUGCAAAUGGAGUAUGUCCAGUCUUUUUUAGUAGCCACUUAGUAACAAACACUGGCCAAAGUUAGCGUUAAUAUUUGUUUGUGUGUGAACUAUUUUUCAAAAUAAUUUAUAUAUAGGUAUAUAUAUAUUGAUAUAUACAUAUAUACUUAUGUAUAUAGAUAUAUAUAUUAUUUCGUUCUACGUGUAUUUUGAUAUCAAUAUAUAUAUUAAUAUCAAAAUACAGUUAGAACGAAAUUACACACAUAUAUAUUUUUUAAGUAUUUUUUUUAAAAAUGUAAACUUAUUUACAUAUUUAUUUAAUUUAUAUUAUAUAUAAAUAUAUAUAUAUAUAUAUAUAUAUAAUCAUAUAUAUAUAUUUAAUCAAUAUCAUUCUAUGUAUAUUUUGAUAUUAAUAUAUAUAUAUAUACAUAUAUUAAUAUUAAAAUACACUUAGACAGUGUAUGUUUAUGUGUGUAUAUAUAUAUAUAUAUAUAUAUAUAUAUAUACUUAGAUCAUAUAUAUAUAUGGUCUUAGUAUAUAUUAUUGAAUUAAAAACUGUGUUUAAACUUUAUUUUACUUUUUACAGGCAGCAGGGGGACUACCUGUCAUUCCAGGCACUCCCCCUGCUGGCACUGCUAUGGACGGAUAUUCCGUCGAUGUGAUUGUAAGGUCCUCGCAAGGACCUCACGAUCACAUGGCCCAGGAGGGUCAGAAUGGCAGCAGGGGGACUCCCUGGGAUGGCAGGUAAGUCCACCCAUCGCGAUCGCCGGUGAUCCGGGUAAGUACAUAGGACGGCGAGAACGUGCUAUGCUGCAUGCCAGUGUUUAGAGCCGGGUCCCCAAGGAUGGCAUAGCACACCCGCCUGCCGUCCUUAAGGGGUUAAUCCAGGCACAGACAGGACACACAUUGCAUACAUUAUUUUAAGAUAUAUAUAUGUAUAUAUAUAGAUAUUUAUAUAUAUAAAAUAAAAUUUGUUAAAUAUAGGACAUACGUAAACAGAAUAUUAAGAUUCUAGAGAUUACAGAUUGAAUAUAGAAGGGACACUACAGGCACUCAGAUUGAAGGGUUAAGACUGCCAUUAGUAUCAUUUCCUGCUUAUUCAUGGAAUUUAAUUUGGUAAAACGGCACUGGACAUCCUCACGCUAUGCAUGAGGACAUCCUGCGUUGGACAUCCAGUGUCUUCAAAUCCCCCAUAGGAAAGCAUUGAGCUAAGACCUAAUGUGGUCACUGAUGCAUUGCGCAUGUGCAUUAGGUCCCCUCCCCAUGAUGACACUGGAGGAGGCGGAGAUGGAUCCAGCGUCGAGGGACUACAGAACUGGAAUAAGGUGAGUGUUUUAAAGGGUUUUAACACAUUAAUUGCCACAGGGGGUAGUGGGGCAGAGGGACACUAGAGUUUUCCUUUAAAAGGAUUACGCUUUGGAAAUGUUACGACUAAAUGUAAUUCUGUUUCUUCCAGUUCUUCAUUUUGCUUCUGUUAAUCCUUAUAAUUGAAGUCGUAUUGGCAAUUGUACUUUACGUUUAUGAAAAAAAGGUAAGUGUGCCCUUGGUUGUGUAAAAUCUCAUGUAUUAUAUUGUCAUAUAGUUAAGCAACUGUGCUAGCUUUAAAACCUAAAAACUAACUGCUUAACAUUAGCUUUUUAAAAUUCUUUUUUUAAUUUUUUAUUCCUACGUCACAUUCUUGCUAAAAUAAACCACUACUGUGUUUCAACAUCUUCAAUAAAUUCUUCUUGAAUGAAGCAUAUACAUUGCAGGGCUAAUUAAGGACAAACUUAACUGUAGUUUUGUCAAGUUGGUCAUGUACAUGUGUGUGUGCUCAUGAUUUUUUAAAAUAAACCCCAAAAAUCUCAAAGAGAAACUCAAUGACGUUCACUCACUAGGAUCCACCUGAACUCAAUAAUUUGUAAAUGAAAUUUUGAAAAAAACAGUUGUUAUUAAAGAAUGGUGUUAAAGCUUAAUAUUUAUCCCUACAACUUAUAAAAAAACGAUCUAUAAUGGUAAAAAAUCAAGUUCAUUCCACCUUUUCCAAACUUUGGGAACCGUGGAUGAGUAUGUGUCUGCAUUUACCCCUAAGUGCAUUUAUCUACAUUAAAUUUAAUCUUCCAUUCCCCCACCCCCAAUCUAUCUAAAUCCCUCUGCAGCAAAGUAAUAUCCUGCUCACAUUACAGUACUUUACAGAGUUUUGUGUCAUUUCUAAACACUGAAACAUGGUUUUUCAAUUACUAUCCUAUGAUCAUUUAUAAAUAUCUUAAAUAGAAGCGGUCCUGGAACAAAACCCUGAAGGACACCACUUAUUACUUUGUCCAACAUGUACAUUUUCCAUUACUGGCAAGUCUCUGUACUCUGUCUACCCUAGAAAAUAAUUUUUAUCUAGAUCAUUUCUGUUAGUUUGAAAAAUAACCUAUUGUGUGGAACUGUAUCAAACUGACUUGGCAAAUUACAAGUAGAUCACAUCCACUGAAACACCCUGAUCUAUACUUUUACUUACUUCUUCGUAGAAUGCAAUUAAGUUAGUUUGACAUAUGCUUCAUAAAAUAAUGCUGAGUUUUACCAAUAUUGUUGUUAUAAAUUCCUGACUAUUAUCACUUAAAGGGACUCUCCAGUGCCAGGAAACCAAAUCCAUUUUCCUGGCACUGCAGGACCCUGCAGUGCCCCCUCCCUUCCACCCCCCAUUCCAUGUUGCUGAAGGGGUUAAAACCAGCCGGCGGGGGAGUACUAAUGUGCAUGCGCAGCAACGUCCGCAUUCGCGCAUUACACCUCCCCUUAGGAAAUUCAAUGCUUUCAUAUGGGGAUUUUGGGGAUUCUAGUGGUCCUCAUGCAUAGCGUGAGGACAUCCAGCGUAGUUUAAAACACUUUUCGUUCUUUAAGAACACGGAAGUCCCUCUAGUGGCUGUCUUUAUAAAACCUUCAAUAAUUUUGCUUGCAGGAUUAAGGGUGAUGGGAGUUGGCAGCCAGACCACUCCAAUGGGCAGAAGUGGUCUGGGUGCCUGGACUGUCCCUUUAAUAACCCUUCAAAUACUUUCACAGCCACAAGUCUAUAAUUUCCAGGCAAAGAUUUUGAACCCUUUUUGAAUAUAGGAACCCUACCUGCCUUUCUCCAAUCCUCUGGUACAAUUCCUGAAAGAUCAUGAAAGAUUAAAAACAGAGGUUCACUUAUUUCCACACUUAACUUCUUAAGUAUUUAUAGGUGAAUAUCAUAAAACCCUGGAGCUUUGUUUACAUUAAAGUUCUUUAGUUGCUGCAGCACCUUGUAUUGAGUCCAACACAAUUUUUCUGCAAGUUGCGUGCAAAAAUUAUUUGCAUAUCUCUGUUUUUAGAAUUUAUGACAGAAACCAAAAUAAGUCAGGGAGAAUGUGUCAGGUUAAGACUACUGGGUCAAAACACCUUAAAAUUGACAAAUAUACCAAAGUAAGGAAAAGGAAAAAAUUUAAACGUAAACAGCCCUUUAAUUUCAAAACUUAACUUUUAUUCAAAUAUCUAUUGAAAUACAUAAUAGUAGAGAUAAAAUCAAUGGCUCACUUGUCUCAUAAUUCAAAAUCACACUUGUAAUCCAAAGGCCUAAUUUUGGAUCGGAUUCUACACUAUUUUUGGAGAAAAAAAAAAAGCUGUGGUGGAGCCAAAUUCUUGUUACACUUAGUAACGGGGGUAACCCCAAAUAGAAAACUGACAAACGAGGGAAGUGUCCCGGUAGGGACUGGGAUGAAUCAAAAUAUGCUCAUAAGUAGAAUAAGUAGAAAUGAGAAAUUUAUAUCAUGCGAGUAGAAUACUAACUGUCAUGUUGCUUUCCAUGAGAUAGGGAAAGAGGAAAGCUUGCCAUGGCUACUAGUGCAAAGUCCCUGUAGCCCUUCCAAAAAACUAAUAUAGGGGAGUGAUACCGAUGUAAGGUAGCUUAAAACAAAAUUCUAUUCUUUCCCCAUGAUAUAAUUUCUCAUUUCUACUUAUUGGAAUUAUAGGUAUUCAGGCUCAGAUUGAGAUACUAUAAAUCUAGCGCCAUCGCGGACUGACUAAUUAUCGUAAUAAUUCUUUUACUUUAAUUCUUCUGCAUAUUUUUUUUUCUGCAUCUUAUUAUUGGUCUCGCAAGCACCUUCCCCCCAUUCUAUAUUUACUUUUAAUGCUUGCUUACCUUCCUGCUGUUAUCAGAAGGAGCUUGAUAUCCAGGCUGCUAUCAGACGGAGCUCGAUAUCGAGACGUGUGCAUGCGUAUACCUAUAUUAGGUUCGUUCUACCACUUACCACUAUCCCGCUAUUGGGUAGGCUAUUAUAACUUUCAUCAACAAGUAUCAAUGAUGACAUUCGAGCUAAUGUCACAGGUCUAAUUUCAUACAAGCUAUGUUACCAUUGUACUUUUACCAGUCUGUUAUGAAGCAUUAAUACGCUGUUAACACAUCUAUAUAUUCCACUAGAGUUAGCAUAUCAGAGCUACAUAGACUAGUGGUACAUAUUGAGAUUGUCUCACUAUCAAUAGGGACGUUCCAAGUUAAUGUUACUGGUGAUCGUACUUAUUAUUUUGUUCACCUUUUGUACACAAGCACUUUUUUAUAUAUAUUUUUUUCUAUUGUAUUUAAUAAAAUGUAUUUAUUUUGGUUUUUAUUACCAUUUAGUACCUAGUCUUGGAUAUUUAGUACUCGCAUUUGAGUAUAUUUUGAUUCAUCCCAGUCCCUACCAGUACACUUCCCUUGUUUGGUAGUUUAUUUUGUAUCUAAUUCCUCCUUGGUUACAACCAGCUGACUGUCAUUGUUUGAUGGUUUAUCUUUACUUUAAUACAUUUCUAUCUGUGGCAGCUAAAUAACAACCCCAUACAACUCCCCAUCUUUCUACCCUGCAAUUUGUUAAAGGACCACUAUAGUGCCAGGAAAACAUACUUGUUUUCCUGGCACUAUAGUUCCCUGAGGGUGCCGCCGGGCUCUAGGGGGAGCCCUCCUCCUCCAGCGCCGGGCGGGGAGCUCUCCUCCUCCUCUCCGCCUCCUCUCCUCCUCUUCGGCUGAAUGCGCAUGCGCGGCAGGAGCUGCGCGCGCAUUCAGCCAGUCCAUAGGAAAACAUUCACAAUGCUUUCCUAUGGACGAUGGGGUCUUCUCACUGUGAAAAUCACAUUGAGAAGCGCAGAAGCCCUCUAGCGGCUGUCAAUGAGACAGCCACUAGAGGCUGGAUUAACGCAUUUGUAAAUAUAACAGUUUCUCUGAAACUGCUAUGUUUAUAAAAAAACAAAAGGGUUAAUCCUAGCUGGACCUGGCACCCAGACCACUUCAUUGAGCUGAAGUGGUCUGGGUGCCUAUAGUGGUCCUUCAAGUAUAUUCCCUGUUCCCUAUUUACUAGAUUAAUGAUUAUAUUUUGAACAGAGCUAUCUGUUUUAAAUUAGGCAUUUGGACUAUAGGUGUGAUUCUGAAUUAAGAGACUAGUGAGUUGAUGUAUUUCAAUUAUUAUCUCUUUUAAUAGAUAUUUGAACUAAAGUUACAAUUCAAGGGCUGUUUAUGUUUAAUUUCUUUUUUCUCCUUCCUUUGGUAUAUUUAGAAUGUAUGUAAUUGGUUUGCCCAUUUUUGCUAUCACUAUUCUAGUUUAGUGCAUCUAAUCUAAAAUAUAGAAAAGAAAAUGGAGCAGAUUUAGAUAGCAAGAUACAGAGGCAGCACCCCUAAAUAAAGGAAAUUCUCUCCAAAAACCCUUUUUACAAUAGAAAGAAAAAAAAGGAAGGAGGGAUGCGCCAAGGAUGAGGCAGAUACAAUAUUUUACAAUAGAAACAAAUAAAAAUGCAAUAUAAAAUACUUUAUAAAAUACUUUUAAAAAGCACACUUAGCACCCUUUGUGUAGUGUUACUACAUUGUCUCUGUUGAUUUCUAUUGAGAUCUACAGAUUAUGCAAUCAUGUGUUUGUUUUAUGGUUUAAAGGAUGUAUGGGUUGGACCUGUUUGGGUUCCAACCCUUAAGGAUGUGUGUGAAUUGUCUCUUUUUUUUUCUUUUACCCCAGAGCAAGAGAUAUCUUAAUGAAAUGCUUGACAAAAAUAGAUGAUAAAGUUAAUGUCUGUAAAUGUUCAGGGUCUUAAUACUAAUAGAAAGAAGAGCAGACUGUUUAAUUCCCUUUUUGAGCAUGACAUAAAAGUGACUUUUUUACAAGAUACUCAUUGGCUUAGAAGCUCUAAACAGAGAUGGGGAACAAAUUCUCUACCAUUAUACAUGCUUCCUUACCAGAUAAGAAAAAGAGGGGAGUUGCAAUCAUUUUUAAUAGAGAUAUAAAUCUCGAAAUUAAAUAUGUUGAAUUAGAUCCCGAGGCUAGAUUUAUUACUUUGGUUUGCUCCAUUGACAAAAAGAUAUAUACUUUUGUCAAUGUUUAUCUCUCGAAUGUCGAUCCUACAGCCAAACUCUCUGCGAUAAUGGAUAGAGUUGCUAGGGUCCAUAAGGGUCACUUAAUUGUUGCCGGUGAUUUUAAUUGUGUGUUGGACUCUAAAAUAGACAAGACGUAUAUACCUUCAAUACCAAUUGAUAAAACAACGGUAAAACAAUCCAAAAAAUUGCAUAACAUUUGUAAACAGUAUAACUUAUAUGAUAUUUGGAGACUAUUACAUCCGCUGGACAAGGAUUACUCCCAUCAAUCCAGCACACACGGUUCAUAUGCACGCAUUGAUUUCUGUUUAGUGGAUGCAAAUUCGAUUUCUCUUUGUAAUUCAAUAAAAAUUAGAGAGAGUUUGUGGUCGGACUACAGUUUAAUACUUAUUGAUUUUGGUAAUAAAUCGCCCCCGCCCUGUACUACCUGCAGAUUAAACAACGCUCUGAUUAAAGACUCCAAAAUAGGGAGGAAUUGACUCAGCUAUUAAAAUACUUUUGGUCAGAAAAUAGCUCUAAUGAUACAUCUCCAGCAAAUAAUUGGUGUACACAUAAAUCGGUCAUGCGUGGCUAUUUAAUUAAACUAGCCCAUAUAACGAGGAUAAAAAAUGGCAAGAGUUAGGCCGAUUUAUAUAUUCAAUUCUACAACCUCUCCAAAUUAAAUAAAUAGGCUCCCUUUGCUGAUUUAAACCUUCAGCUAAAACUCAUACAAAAACAAAUCAACAUAAAAGUUGAACAAAAAAAUUAAAUUCAAUAUCCAUAAAUUAAAACAUUAUCACACAGGCAAUAGAGCUAAUAAAAAUCUGACUAGAAGACUUCAAAAUCAACACGCAAACAAUAGAAUAGAACAAUUGAUAGAAGGCCAAAAGAUAUACUUGACUCCAUCUCAAAUAGGGGAGAGAUUCAAUCAAUUUUAUUCUGACUUGUAUAAAAUGUCCCCUAAUCUAAACGAUAUUCAUAACUAGUUAGUAAAUACACCGAUUCCGAAAGUCUCCCAUCAAGAUCUAUUAACUCUAGAUCAAAAUAUUUCGACUGGGGAAGUUCAAUAUCAAAUAGACAGACUUGUUAUUAAUAAAACGCAUGGCCCAGAUGGUUUUUAGAAUCUAUAUUACAAAUAUAUGAAAUCUCAUUUAAUAAAUCCAUUAACAGAAAUGUUCAAUCAGAUAGCAUUAAAUCAACUCUUUCCAAACGAAUUAUUACAAUCAAAUCUUAUUCCGAUACUUAAACAAAAUAAAAUUAUCACAGAUCCGAGUAGCUAUAGACCAAUAGCCUUAAUUAAUGUCGAUUUGAAGAUAUACUCUGCCAUUGUUGCUGAAAGAGUUAAGACCGUAAUAUCUUAGCUAAUUCAUCCAAAUAGGAUUUAUCCCUGGUAGAUUAGCUUCCAACAACUUCCGAAGUAUAAUAGAUAUUUUAGAUCUCGCUAAUAAAGAAGGGUUCCCCCUCCUGGACCUGUCUUUAGACGCCGAAAAAGCGUUUGACAGGGUCGGGUGGGUUUACCUCAGUGAAGUCUUAAAUGUUUUUGGCUUUACAGGGUGGAUCUACAAUGCGAUAUUAGCUUUAUAUUCUUCUCCCUCUGCUAGGACUGUAGGCCCAAAUAUAACUGCAGGUUGGUUUUAACUUAAAAAUGGUGCGCGCCAAGGGUGUCCCCUUUCCCCUUUAUUGUAUAUUUUAUCUCUUGAGCCCUUGGCAAUACAUAUCAGGAAUAAGUUUCUGAUUAAAGGUGUCCAUACGAAAUCUGCUGAAAUUAAAAUAUUACUACAUGCAGCUGAUGCGUUAAUUACCCUUACAUCUCCCGAGACCUCUCUAUCUCCUUUAAUGUUUAAAAUUGAGAAAUAUCCUAAUAUUUAACAUUUUAAGCUGAACAUUUCUAAAUCUACAGCUUUGUAUGUAAAUAUGACUAAUGAUCACGUAAACACUUUAUCACACACAUAUAAAUUCAUAUGGACAGACAAAGAAAUAACUUAUCUGGGUUUAGUAACAGGAGGUUUAGUAACAGGAGCUAAUGUCUCCUGUACUAUGGAGAGAAAUGUCUGGACUCUUGUGAGAAAUAUAAAUAUUAAACUUAAAAAAUUGAAAAAUCUGGAAACAUCCUGACAGGGUAAAAUAAAUAUAAUUAAUGCAUAUAUUAUGCCUAAGUGGACAUAUUUAUUUUCCAUGCUCCCACUUAAGGUUACCAACCUGUGGUUAGUUCUAAUUCAGUCAAGCAUGAAUAAUUUUAUUUGGAAUCAUAAAAAACCAAGAAUAAGUCAAAAGAAUUGUCUAAUGGGGGCUUACAUUUUCCAAGCAUUGUUAAUCAAUAUUAUGCAAAUAUUAUUAGACACAUAUAUACCCUUCAAGACCCCAAACAGGCCUUUGAACCAUGGUUUAUGAUCGAGUCGGAUGUAGUUCACAUCGAUAAAUUACAAUAUUCUAUGUGGAAGGUCACUAGGGAUUCUCUUAUUAAUGCCUCCUUAACAAAUCCAAUGACUUUGACACAAACCCUAGAUGACUGGUUGGAAAUUAAAAAAAAAAUAGGGUUUAACAAUCUUAUCCCAAAGACUUGUAGACUUGAUAUAGUUGAAACCAUUAUUGAAGACUUAUCUUUAAAAAACUGGCCCAAUGUCGAUAAAUUAAAAAUUGCUGACAUAAUGCAGGUCAAUAAUAUAGUGUCUUUUCACUACAUCACAGAUAAUUUUCAUAUUCCACGCAGAGAAAUUUUCACGUAUCUGCGGUUAAAAAUUUUUAUUCAUAAAAAUGUUACUAAAUCUACUGCCUCAUAUGCAAAAAAAAUUGAAUUUAUUUUUGGUUACCAUUCUAUCAAUAAGGUUAUAUCUGCCACUUCCUCUCUCUUAGAAUGUUUUAAACUGACUCCCCUUAGAUUGAUUAGGACUUGGGAACAUGAAUUGGAACUUGAAAUUUCAGUAGACGACUGGCAUUCUUCUUUAAUUCAAUUAAACAAGUAUGUACAUUGUGUAAAUUUGACUGAAUGCCACUUCAAGGUUCUGCAUCGAUGGUAUUACUCUCCAACCAGAUUAGCUAAAAUGUAUGAUUCCCAUGACCCUACUUGCUGGAGAUGUGGUAGUUAUCAGGGUACAUAUAUUCAUAUUUGGUGGUCAUGCCCUGUAGUUUAGACCAUUUUGGACAUGGGCAUUUAACAUCUUUACCACUAUGACAGCUCAUAAAAUUAACGAAAAUGUUGUUUCUGCUCUUCUACACCUUAAUUGGAACCUUAAAUCACAUAGAGAUAUUUGCUUUGCCACACAUUGCUUAGUCGCUGUUAAAAUUAUCAUUGCGCGUCAGUGGAAAACCUCUAUUCCGUUCCAAAAACGGUAUUGAUUAAUCAAAUUAUGUUUCAAAUCAAUAUGGAAUAUGAACUUAUAAAUAAUUUGAUAAUUUCGUCAAAAAAAAAAGUCUGGUUUUCCAAUUGGCUAGGAAGAUACCAACAUAUUUUUGGCUAGUCCCUGCUUUAGACAGUAUCUCUGUUAAUAAUAUAUAAUACAUUUUUAGUUUUUAAUAUACAAAAUUGUUGCUGAUGCGUAUGAAAUUUUUUAACUAUAUUAUAGUUAAUACAAUAGAGGUGGGAAUGAUUGUUCUAAUUCAGAAACUGAAACACUGAAAAUAAUGUACUAUUGUCAAUUGUCAUUUUCCUUUCUUCAAGUUUAUUUGCUUGCUCUGAAUGGGGGCUGGUUUUCUCUUUUGUUUUCUUUGUCUUUGAAUGUUAUUUUUUUAUCUUUGUUAUUGUUUGUUAUUCUAGGCUUAUGCCUCAAGUAUGUGCCGUUUUGAUGCAAUAUGUUAUUAUGAUAUGUAAUUAAUUACGUGAUUGUGCAUGUAACUUGAACCUGUGCAUAGGUUACGGAUUAUUGUUAUAUAUAAAAUUAUGUUUCAAUAAAAAUCGAUUUGAAGAUAAAAGAAAAAGAAAAAAAGGAAAAGAAAAAGCACACUUAGUAGUAGAAGCAGGUACCUGAAGGAAAAUUAGCAGCAGUCCCAAAAAAAUGAAAAAUCUUGAAUUCAAAAAAGGGUUCUUAAUGGUAUCUUCCUUCUUAGGCAAGUGGGUCACCAGGGAUACUCAGGAUUCAUAAAAAGGAAAAAGAAAAGAAAAAACUCCAAUAGUGUAAUAAGUUCACAAAAAAAAAUAAAAAAGUAAAAGAAUUCCAGUCUACUCACAUGUCCUAGAGCUUAGGUCAGCUCUGGUGUAUUGCACAUGCAGUGGUGUUGAUCACCCACCUGUAGGAUAUUUUGGAAGGUAGAGGUAGUUCUCACCACAUAAGUGCAGGACCGAAAACAGAAAAAAGCAACAAUAGUGCUUACUGGGUAGAUAAAAAAUACCAGGAGUAAUGCUAUGUAGAAUGUACUCACAUAUUUUUGAGCAGGAAACACUGCUCAGUUGAUACAGCAUAGGUGUUAUAAUCUCCACCUGGGAUUCUUGGUGAGAUCCUCACUGUAGAAGUAAAACAGGAUGCCAGGUAGUAAAAGAUGAUGAGGAAAAUAAAUUAAAAGUUUUUUGGCACAAUAUAUAAUUAAAAUAGCCAAUAAACCUUUAUUAUAAACAAUAAAUACAAUCAAAAACAGUCCACAACGCAUUUCUCCCAAACAGGGCAGUUUUUUGAUAACCACUUGAUAAAUCCCUGUUUGGGCCCCAUUUUCCUCUGACUGUAUAUAUGGACCCUCAAUAUGGACCAUGACAGCCGGAUCAUCCCCAGCCCUUCCCAAUAAUCCAUCCACUCUUUAAGCAACAUGUCGGACACAAGGAACUCAGAGACAGCAAACUGUCCGGUUGAGACGAUCACAGCAGAAGAUUACCCUAUCUACUCUCAUAAUAAUAGAGUCUCCUGCUACCACAACCUCUGUAUGUCUCUUUCUCUCCAUAGCCACUUUGUGUGUCUUUCCCCUACACAUCUGUGUCUCUUUGUCCCCCCCCUUUUUUUGUGAUCUCUUCCACUCCUCCAAUCCCUUUAUGGUCUCUUUCCCCCUCACCUCCAUGUAGGGUGGCCACAAAAGACAGUGGGAGAGGAUCUUCUUGUCCUCUACCCGGUCUGACAAGAAGCCAUUUGUUGUUUCUCCUUUUGGUUGCACCACACUUAUCUGUGAACAUGUUCAUUUUUAUCUCUCUAAAAAGGGUUUUAUUCAACAGUAAAUUGAAAACUAACUUGCAAAUCUAGGGGGAAAAAAUCUGAUUUCCCAACUAAGCUGUAGACCAGGGGUAGGCAACCUACGGCACUAGUGCCAUGCACGGCACUCAAGGUGUCUUUGCACGGCACUCAAGGUUGCUAGAGCCAAACAGGCUCUGGCCUAUCAGAAGUCCCGUUGAAACUUCAGAUAUCUGCUAAUACGAAAAGGUGGUGAAGGACAAUCCUCAAUGUAUGCAUUGCAGCACAUAGAGGAAGUGAUCUCAGAUCACUUCCUCAAAGCACUUGUGAAUGGGAAUCCACACUGUAGUAGAGCAGCCUGUAGCUGCUGUUACUGCUCCUGUCCUUGACCUGUACCUGGCCAGCCAGGUCCCCACUGGAACCCAGGGAAGCCACCCACACUGCUAGAUAUACACAGAAAUGCAAAAUAACCCUCCCCUCAUACAAAUAAUAGGAACAGCCCACACACAAACAUAAACACAAUCCGCACAAACAUAACCCGCUAACAAUCCAAGUACAUGCACACAACCCCACAUGCAGCCUCUCACAUGCAAAACUCAAAACAGCCCACACACACUACCAAACACACAAUGUGACAUAUCCACACAUAAUUCCACAAGCAGCCCUCAUACACAGCCCUACCAUAAACUACUAAUGAACAUAUUCAAUCUAAUAGAUCAUAUACACACAAAUACGAUACAAAGCAAUUACAGUAUAAAUAACACAAGCAAAAUACGGCAACAUACACACAUCAAUUUAAAGAAAAAAAAUAGGAUCGGCACAGUAUGGGACAUCACAAUCCUAUAUCUGCACAGUGCUGCUAAAAGGUUGCCUACCCCUGCUGUAGACAAAUAUUUUAGCAAUAAUUUUUACAUUUGGUUUUCACAACUAAAUGUUUAGACCGAAUAAACCCUUGUGUUGGUCAGUCACAAUAGCUUUCUUGGUCUCCGGGUUGUAAAUGGUUUGUCAUAGACUGAAGAAUAAGUAUGCAUUAUUAAUUUUCAUUCCAGGUAGGUGACCAUGUUAUGGCGCACUUAACAACCAGCUUUGAAGAACAAAGAAAAGAAACUGCCAACAAUAAAACAAAGCAAUUAUGGCAUGACAUACAAAACAAUGUGAGUAUCUAAUCUCAGCACAAAAAAAUGUCUACCAAGCUAAAGUUUGUGAGUUCAUAUAAACUCUUAAUGUCCAAUGACUUUAUGGAGCUCUGUUAUUUCUAAUGAGGCAUCUCAACUCAUAUUUUUCUCCACAUUUAAAUAACAAUAGUUCUGCUAAAAUUCUAACAUAUUGUGCAGCUUUCUACAACAUUGCUCGGGCCUCUUAGCCAUAGCCUCUCUUUUCACAAAUCAUACAACAUAAAUAUGAAGCUUACAGCAAAAAUGCAGCAUGAAUUUGAAGUUUAAGUCAAAUCCAAAUCAAAUGCACUUAUAGGGAUAUGCAUCACUUGACAAUUAUUUUUUUAACCAGCCAACAAACAUGUUUUCACGAAUAUACAAACUAAUAAAAUAAAGCAAAAAAAACCCCUUUGAAUAGUAUGUAAUAAACAUUUAGAAACUUACUAUUAAAUUGGUCAGAUUGCAUUGUUGAACACACCUCUCAGCUAGGGGAGUUUCUUCAGCCUUCCCUCCCCCAAAAAAGAACAUAAUUGUGUAGCGGCAGCAAACUCCUAAUUUUCCUUGCACUGACUAAAGUAGCAGGGAGAGAGAAAACCAACACUGGAGCCUGGUCUGCAUAAAUCACACUGAUCACACAUCCUCUAUUUUUUUUUUUUUUACCCCUGUCAGGAUGUUGCAAAGUGAAGAAGUCUUCAAACUGCACAUGUGCGACUCUGUCAGGUAUGCCCAAUGCCCUUUUCCAGCAUUCCUAGGGAUAGGACACUGAUUGGUUAGAUAGGUUGAGUGGAUGUGAAAAGUAUAAGGAAAAAGAUGCAGGAAAAUAUGAAAAAAUCCUAUUUACCUGAUAUUUUCAGCCUGCAGAGUGAGGCAACUGUCUUAUUCAAAGCUAAAACUUGUGAAUAAAGUUGUUGUCUCAAAGUGAUGCAUAUCCUUUUAAGUGAUUAUUGGUUUCCAGCGGGUUUCUUUAAGUAAUGCAUUGCAUAGACAAAACACUUAAAAUUAUACAAAAACACAAAACUGAUCAUAUUAUAUGAUGAAUAAAUAUACUCUCAUCUGAGGUUGCUGCAUUUGCGAUGAAAUCCCAGGAUUUAUAUUACAAGCUGUUAACACUGCCAGACAAUGUAGUGAUCAGCCAAUCAGGAUGCUCUACUAACCUUCUGAGGUACUUUAUUCCUAAAUAUAUUCCAUAGAACCUUGUGGAGCAGGACUUCAUGAGCAUAUCAGGUUUUUUUGGAAGCUGUAGGUCACUUAUUAACAUUUUGCUUACAAAAAAGUUUUAAACUGAACUAGAAUGCCCAUAAACAUUUGCUGUGCUUCCUAAUCAUACAAACAAUUGUCAGAGUUACUUAAUCAAAUGAUUAUGGACUAGGUCAGGGGUAGGCAACCUUCGGCAUCUCCCACAAUGCUCUUGCAGCCAUAAUGCUGGCAAAGGAUGGGAGGUGUAGUCCAAAACAUCUGCAGUGCCAAAGGUUGCCUAUCCCUGGUCUAGGUUAUAAAAAAAAAGAAUCCAGUACCAUCUAGGGGCAAUCUGACUAUAAAAACUGGACAUUUCUCAUAAGAUUUCUCAAUAUCUAGAUUUUCUACUACAUGCUCCGAAUUACCUUCAAUGCAGACCAAAUUUUUAGGAUGCCUGAAAUUGAUAACCAAAUAAUGGAAAUACAGAAAUGAAAGCUUAUAUGCAAUGGUAAUUAGGCAGAAUUGUCAUUUUUUAUUUGAAAAAGGUGAAAAGGUGAUCUCCAUAGAUGGGUCAAAUAUACCAUGCUGAUUAAAACAUACCAUGAUCAGUCACAGCAUUAAAACCACUGACACAUGUAGUGAAUAAUAUUGAUUAUGUUGUUAUAAUUGUACCUUUCAAUGGACGGGAUAUAUUGGGCAGCAAGUGAACAGUCAGUUGUUGAAGUUCGAAUUAGUGAUGACUAGAUGACUGGGUCAGAGGAUUUUCAAAACGGCAAGUCUUGUGGGUUGUUCCCAUAUGCAGUGGUUAGUAGCAAGGAAGGACAACUGGUGAACUGGCUUUAGAAUCAUGGGGGCUCAAGGCUCCUUGGUGUAGGUGGGGAGAGAAGGCUAGUCUGUCAACAUUACAAAAGCACUCACAGGAUUUUAACUGCUUAAGGACAUUAGGAAGUGCCAUUAUGUCCUAACUAUAAUGGCUUUUAAUGUUUUUAGGGCAUAAAGACACACUUUGCAGAUUUAGUGUGAGCAGGGUUAAGUCCUUACUCACACCAUAGAGUUCCAGGUAUCAAUGGAUACCUGGGGCUCCUCUCGGUCAGCUGGGGCCAUUUUUAGUGGUCCCAAACUUUUUGAACAGAGGAUAGAUGAGGCUUAAAUUGGCUGAAAAGAUCAUCUGGGUUUGCUGUGUCUCUUGUGCAGAUAGAAUUUGCUGGCAUUUUGAUUCUGGAUUGCCCUUAUGGGAGGGAUCAAUCUGAUAUGCCAAUCACUCUGUAAUGCAAAAUAAUAUUUAAGACCUGAGUGGGGAUUAACCGAAGGGUUAGCUAUUGAGUUUCUCUUGUCCUUUCCCAGAGCACUCAUAUCCAGCCCACAUUCUAACCCAUAAUCCUACCUUUUUGCACAGUCCUAUCCAACCCUCUAAUCCCAGUGAUAAUCCCACCUUUCAAGAGAGUCCCUCGGCUGAUGUCAGUACUAGCUCCUAGCUCACACAUUGUGAGUCUACAGUACUAUGUGAUUGCAGCAUGAGAGGGAGAGUUCCCUUUCAUUCUGCAGCACACACAGGUCGAUGUAGGGCAUCUGGCAGAGUGCCUCAAAAGCACACUGGGAGAACCUGACAAAUGGGGGGUUAGGCUGGGGGAGGACAUUACCCCAGUGAUCAUGCUACCGUGGCAUUAAAAGGGAUUUAAAGUGCUGCUCAUAGCUCUCCUGUAAGUCUGUGGCCACUAACUGUGGCCUCAACUGGCAGAGUGGACCCCCAUGUUUUAAAAUAUACCUGGUGGUUCUCUUUUUUCCGAUGCAGGAGGCUGGAGAUAGUGAUAGAAAUACUGUGGCUGAAUGAUAGCGCUGCACACAGCUGAUUUGUCAGUCUGGGUUGGCCAAAUGUUGCCCCAGCUGACAAAGGAGACCCCAGGUAUCGAAAAAUACCUGGCAUUUCUUGGUACCAACAGAGAUUUAAUCCCCUGCUGCUACUUUUACUGCAUGACGGUCUAUGCUGUCACUGGGUGUUAAAGCCCUGCACUGCAUGAUCUCAUGGACCAUACAGAUAUUAAAUGGUUAAAUAGGGGGUGUGCAAGAGGGUCCCUGUCUGGCCUGUACCCUCCUUGACAGGCAGAACUCCAGGGCCCAGUCACAAUAGUGACCUUUGCCACCCGGACAGUAUCGGCAUUACAAGUACAUAAACCCUAAUGUUUUCUAUCCAGCAAGGAAAUGUUACAUAAUGUGAAAUGCUCUACAAGAACAAUGGUCUGAAAAUAUAAAUGUAACUGCUAUAGAAUUAAUAUAACCAAGUACAGAUAAACACACAGUAUAUCUCAAUCAUAUAAAACAUAACAAAAAUUGUUUUUCUUUUUUUCAGGUGAAAUGUUGUGGAAUCAAUGGAACUUCAGACUGGGGAACCAACAUCCCCAAGUCUUGUUGUGAAAAUACAGAAUGCACGAGAUAUUUCCCAACAGUUAGUAUUGAUAUUUUUCUUUUUCAAUAAUAGCUGUUAACAACUUCUAACUGAUGAGGUUUUAAAUAUGACAUGGGAAAAUAAACAAUACUCUGCUACCAAAAUCAGUAGAAUAUAAGUAAACUUGCCUUUAUACUAUAAAGUUCUGCAAUUCACGUAAUGUUGACAAAACAGAACUUCUAGCUACAGUCAUGGCAAAUAAAAAGUAUACCCUCUUUGAAUUCUAUGGUUUUAUAUAUCAGGACAUAGGAACAAUCAUCUGUUCCUUAGCAGGUGUCAAAAUUCGGUAAUUAUUUUUAUUAAAAUGGAGCAAAAUAAACAGCAAUACAUAUUUCCAGGGAUUUGACAUUCAAUAGGGAUCUGUGAUAAAAUGUUAUGUAUUUCUUCUAUAUUAGUUUAACUACAAUUACUGUUCCUUUAAAUACUCAUUUAUUUACUUUCUCAUUCUAGGGUUGCUCUAAGGCUUUGGAACAGUGGUUUAAUGACAAUUUCUGGUAUGUUGGAAUUAUAACUAUUUGCAUCUCAAUUGUUGAGGUAAGGUCAUUUCACUUAUAUUUGCAACAAACAGUUCACUGUGCAUUAACUUUUUGAAAAAAUAUUAGAAUGCAGCCAAUUGUAUUAUAAAAAGAGUUAUGUAUCUACAGAUUAGGCAUUGCACAAUGGUCAUGCAUUAAAGGGACACUAUUGUCACCCAGGCCACCUCAGCUCAAUGAAGUGGUCUGGGUGUCAGGUCCCUCAGGUUUUAACCGUUCAGAUGUAAACAUAGAGAAACUGCUAUGUUACAUAGCAGGGUUAAUCCAACCUCUAGUGGCUGUCUUGAGAAAUGCUUUCCUAUGGACUGUUUGAGGAGAGGUAAGGUAAGUAGCUGUAAGGGUUUUACCCCUUAAGCGCCAAGGGAGUGGGACCCUGAGGGUGGUGGCACCCUUAGGACACUAUAGUGAUCCUUUAAAGGGACACUAUAUUCACCUGAACAACUUUAGCUUAAUGAAGCAGUUUUGGUGUAUAGAACAUGCCCCUGCAGCUUCACUGCUCAAUCCUCUGCCAUUUAGGAGUUAAAUCCCUUUGUUUAUGAACCCUAGUCACACCUCCCUGUAUGUGACUUGCACAGCCUUCCAUAAACACUUCCUGUAAAGAGAGCCCUAUUUAGGCUUUCUUUAUUGCAAGUUCUGUUUAAUUAAGAUUUUCUUACCCCCUGCUAUGUUAAUAGCUUGCUAGACCCUGCAAGAGCCUCCUGUAUGUGAUUAAAGUUCAAUUUAGAGAUUGAGAUACAAUUAUUUAAGGUAAAUUACAUCUGUUUGAAAGUGAAACCAGUUUUUUUUUUAUGCAGGCUCUGUCAAUCAUAGCCAGGGGAGGUGUGGCUAGGGCUGCAUAAACAGAAACAAAGUGAUUUAACUCCUAAAUGACAGUGAAUUGAGCAGUGAAAUUGCAGGGGAAUGAUCUAUACACUAAAACUGCUUUAUUUAGCUAAAGUAAUUUAGGUGACUAUAGUGUUCCUUUAAGCUCUCAAUAGAAUAAAAUAAGUCUAUUGUUUCCUGCAAGAAAAGCUACUAUUCCCUGAUUGCUCGGUCAACUGCAAAUGAGCUUCUAUCUCAGAAGUUGAAUCAACUGUGGAUCAUGAGUGAUGUAUGGGAAGACCAUAAAUUUGAUACUUUUACCACAUCUGCACUGAUGAUCUGUUCACUAUUAAUCAGCUUGGUGUGACAGUUUUUGGAUGUCGCUGAUGUAUGUUAUAUAUUAUAUGUUAUAUUAAAUAGGAAUAUAGGAAUUUAAAAUGCUUCUAAUUUGAAUAAGUAUCUACCUACACCUCAAAUAGUCUCAGUUGUGCAAAUGUGUUAGCAUUUCCUGACCAAACAUCUUUACAGGAAAACAUAUUUGUUUGUUGGUUUUAUAUUCUACAGUUCAAUAGUAUAAAUGUGAAAGACAGAAGGGAGAUGAAGAUGUGAGGAAUGGGGAGAAAGACAGAUGAAGAUAAGUGGUAUAAUAUAGGGGACUGAUAUAACAAGUAGGUAAUGAGGCUUUACAUGGAAAAGACCAGAAGUAGACAUGGAUGUGGGAAUUAUAGGAUGAUUAGGUAAAAGCGGGAAAAUGUGAAAUAUGAGUAGCCAAUGGAAAAUAGAGGGUUAAAAUGAGGAAAAGAUAUGCUCUGGGCAAUGUCAGACCCCUAACCACUGGUCAACACCCUCCAAAAAUGUAAUACUAAGCACAUUUUGUGUUUAUGAAAAGUACAUUUAUACAUUUACCCUCAUUUAUACAUGUCUGCUUUGCUACUAUAGUGCAUAUUAAAUUUCACACACAAAUAAAACCCACAGUGCUGAAAUGUAAAGCUGCCCUCCCACCUAAAUGUUUAAUUUUCUUUUACAGGUGCUUGGAAUGUCAUUUGCGUUAACACUGUACUGUCAUAUUUCCAGAAACAGUGUAUCACUAAACAAAUAGUCAAAUUGAAGAAGCAUCCAGUAUUUCAAAGCAAAACAAGAUCAAUAUAUGAAGUGCUUGCUAUGUGUAUCAGAAUAAAUGUAAUGUAAACCUUAAAUUCCAUUUCUAAAACCCGAUGCUGUUAUAAUCCCAGCUGUAGUUAUAAGUAUAUGGCAGUUAGAACUGUAAUUAUAAGUAACACUUUUUUUUAGUAGUACUUUCAUUCUUUCUUUUUUUGUUAAUAUUAUAUGUUAGUACUCUAUGUAGCAUAAUUGCAUAAAUGCAGGGUAAUUCAAUAAAUAGGGAAUUUGUCAGGGAGUUGUAAUUUUUAUCUUAGCUAUUUUUCACUGGCCAGUUCUCAAAACUCUGUAUAACUCUGUAUAACUCUGUAUAAAUCAUAUGUGUAUUUAAACAUUACAGCUUACAAAAUUGAUAAAAGAUGAGAUGCUGGAGGGGGACAAAACUCUAGAGCAGGGCUGGCAACCUUCAGCACUACAGAUGGCGUGGACUACAUCUCCCAUGAUGCUUUGUCAGCAUUAUGAAUGUAAGAGAAGUAUGGGAGAUGUAGUCCACAACAUCUGGAGUGCCGAAGGUUGUCUACCUCUACUCUAGAGUAAAACCCAUAAAUGUAAAAUAUCAGUUUGUGUUUUUAAAGUCAGAGUAUCUGUUACUUAACACAAUUUUGCGUUAAUAAUGUAUCUCUUUUUUAUCAUCUCACUUGCUUAAGCAAUAUUAAUUAAUUCAUUUAUUUUUGCCUAAUCACUAUAGUUAGAAGUAGCUGAAAAAGUGACCUCUAUACUUGGUAGCGAGCUUAGGUUGUGUUGGUGCAGGAAAUGUUUUAGGCAUCACACAAAAGGCUUUAUGUAAGUUGGUUUAUGGCAGAGAUUGCUUUGAGUAUUAAAGGACCAUUAUAGGCACCCAGACCACUUCAGCUUAAUGAAGUGGUGUGGGUGCCAGGUCCAGAUAGGGUUAACCCUUUUUUCUAUAAACAUAGCAGUUUCAGAGAAACUGCUAUGUUUACCUAUGGGUUAAUCCAGCCUCUAGUGGCUGUCUCAUUGACAGCCGCUAGAGGCGCUUCCGUGCUUCUCACUAUGAUUUUCACAGUGAGAAGACGCCAGCGUCCAUAGGAAAGCAUUGUGAAUGCUUUCCUAUGAGACUGGCUGAAUGCACGCGUGGCUCUUGCCGCGCAUGCGCAUUCAGCCGAGGAGGAGAAGAGGAGGAGGAGAGCUCCCCGCCCGGCGCUGGAGAAAGAGGUAACUUUAACCCCUUCCCCCCCUUAGAGCCCGGCGGGAGGGAGACCCUGAGGG